GUCCGCGCUAGCUGCUACUCGGUGAACGCCGCUACCGCCAGCCUCCAGGGCUUCCAUUACUCCACUACCCCGUCUUCCGGGGCUGGGUGGUGUUCCUGAGGUCAGCUCGGUAUGUCGUCGCCUACUCUCCGAACAAUACCGUCUUCUCUGUAGCGGAGAUGGAUAGUAUAUGCUUGCGGUUCUGUGGAGAACGUAUACUAACUUUCGCAGGGAAUUCCAUCACCCCCUUCAAGUCCCCCCCUCGCCGCCAAACACGCGUCCGCCACUCGAGGUGGAAAGGCGCGCAGAGGGGGGGCAGCAUACACCAUCACGGGAGAGUGUGAGAGACUCUUCUGCGAGACACUGCGAUCUGUAUUCCUGGGUGAGGGGAGCCAGCAUCGCCAGAACUCGCUAGUGAUGGGUAUGCCAUCUGACAACGCUACGACUGCAACCACCGCUAUUACCAAUGACUACGGUAUCGAUGCACGUCGCUACUCCGACUCUUCGACUGAAUCUGAUGUGCCUGAAAUGGUGCGAUUCGAGGAAGAGAAGGGUGCGAUAUCCGACUACAUCGAGAUGUGGGAUUACGUUGGUGGGAUUAGGUUCCGGGGGUUUGUUGCUGAGAAGGAGGACGAGAGGGCCAUGUUCAUCUUCUUCGAUGAAUCCGUCAUCAAUGGUGACCUCAAGGCUGGUCUCAUGGCCCUCCUCGAACUUUGCGAAGUCGAUAACUUCUCCUGCAACCGUCUCGUCCUUUGCAUCGACCGCCACGCCGAUCAGGCCGCCCUUAACAAUCUGACUAAGGAUCUGGGUUGGAUCGGCUUCGGUCUUACGACACUCGACGAGUUCAGCCAAGGCGAGGAGUUGACAAGCAAGAAGUGGCUGUUCAUGGAUAUGGAGAUAUAGAUGUUGGGCAGAUCGAGGCAUGAUCAGGGUUCUUGGUGUCUGUCGUUACAAAACAGCAUAUGGUCCGAGUUUCUCUUUUCCUGGGGAGUUCUGCAUAGCGGAUGGGGGCGUUCAUCCUUAUUUUGAAGUACCAC